CUUUCCCCGCCCCCAGCGCAGCCCUGGGCGCUCCGAGCCCCCCGGUCCCGGUCCCGGUUCCUGUCCCGGUUCUGGUCCCGAUUCCUGUCCCGGUUCCUGUCCCGGUCCGGGUCUCUCUCAGCUCCCCGUGCAUCCUCCUCCUCCGCAAUAUCCAGGGUCCCCGAGGGAGGAAGCACACCCUCCUCCUCCUCCUCCCCGCCGCUCCCAUGGCGGUUCCCAGCCCCGCCGAGCAGCUCCGCGCCGCCGCCUCGUGCCCGGUGUGCCUGGAGCUCUUCCGCGACCCCGUCUCGCUGCGCUGCGGCCACAACUUCUGCCGGGGCUGCGUGGAGCGCUGCGGGCCGGGCCCCGGGGCGGCGGCGGCGGCGGCGGCGGGGCCGCUGUGCUGCCCGCAGUGCCGGGACGCGGCCCCGGGCGGGAGCAGCCUGAGACCCAGCCGGGAGCUCGGGCACAUCGCGGGCAUCGCCCGGGAGCUGCUGCCGGGGCUGCUGCAGGCGGUGCCGCCGGUGGCGCCGGGGGGCGGCUCCGUGUGCGGGCGGCACCGGGAGCCGCUGCGGCUCUUCUGCCGCGAGGAGCGGGCGCUGCUGUGCCCCGAGUGCGCGUGGGAGCACCGGGAGCGGCAGCGGGAGCGGCACCGGGAGCAGCAGCGGGAGCAGCAGCGGGAGCACCAAGUGGUGCCCGCCGAGGAGGCGGCGCGGGAGUACCGGGAGCAGAUCCAGAGCUGCCUCCAGGCUUUGAAGGAGGAGAGAGAAAAAUUCCUGGAAAGCCGAAAAUCCGGAGCUUGGAGGAGUCUGCACCUGGUGGGAGCCCGUGCGCGGGGCGAGGGGCAGCGCCUGGCGCGGGAGCUGCAGGGGCUGCGGCGCUGCCUGGAGGAGCAGCAGCGGCGCCUGCGGGCGCAGCUCGGGGCCCUGGAGGCCGCCCUGGCCCGCGCCCGGCGCCGCGCCCUGGCCCAGGUCUCGGAGGAGCUGUCGCGGGUGGAGACGCUGGCCUGGGAGAUGGAGGGGAGGCUCCAGCAGCCGCCGGGACGGUUCCUGCAGGACAUCCAACAGCUCCUGGACAGCUGUGAGUCGAUGCGGUUCCAGCCCCCGGCCGAGCUCUCCCCCGAGCUGCAGAGGAGCCUGGAGGAUUUUGUGCAGAGCAGCGUCCUGGUGAGGGGCGCCUUGAGGAGGUGCCAAGACAGCCUCAUGUUCCUGCUGCAGGAGCCGGCCUCCCUCACCCUGGACCCCCACACCGCCCACCCUCACCUGCACCUCUCCGCCGACGCCAGGGAGGCUCGGGGGCAGCUCCAGCCCCGCGACGUCCCCGACCACCCCGAGCGCUUCGACUUCGAGCCCUGCGUGCUGGCGCGGGGCGGCUUCACCUCGGGCCGCCAUUUCUGGGAGGUCGAGGUGGGCCGGGGCGGCGUCUGGGCGCUGGGGGUGGUGCGGGAGUCGGCCCGCAGGAGGGGCCCCCUCAGCCUGCGGCCCCAGGACGGCGUGUGGGCGCUCGAGGCCUUCCACUCGCUGACCUCGCCGCGGGCCCGGCCGCCCCUGCGCCCGCCGCCGCGCCGCCUCCGCGUGGCGCUGGACUACGAGGGGCGCCGCGUGGCCUUCUUCAGCGCCGGCGACGACGUCCCCAUCCUGGAGCACACCCGCGCCGCCUUCAACGGAGAGAGGGUCCUGCCCUGGUUCAAGAUGGGCCUGGGGGCGCGGCUGCUGGAGGUGACGCGGGGCGAGCGCUGCCGGGAGCGGGAGGUGGCCGGGAGAGCCGUGUCCCCCCUGGAGUGGGUGGGAUUCGGGUUCUCGCUGCGGAUCUGCUCCGGAGGGGAUGAAUCCCGAGUGAUGCCGCCCCUCUGAGUCCGUCAGGAGGUCUGGGAUGGCUCCGAGGAUCGGCCAGGAGGAGCCCAGUUUGGUGUGUGGGGUUUUUACCUUGUUGUGCCCUUGGCGGGAUGAUUCCUUCCCGAAGUGUUUCCUCUUUUCCCGAAGUUCCAGAACCCAGAAAUUCUUCUGGUUGCCCUGGAGGUGACGCGGGGCCAGCGCUGCCGGGGCCGGGAGGUGGCCGGGAGGGCCGUGUCGCCCCUGGAGUGGGUGGGAUUCGGGUUCUCGCUGCGGAUCUGCUCCUGAGGGGGCUGAGGGGAGCCCUCUGAGUCCGUCAGGAGGUCUGGGAUGGCUCCAAGGAUCAGCUAAGGGUUCCUGGAGGAGCCCAGUUUGGCGUGUGGGGUUUUUACCUUGUUGUGCCCUUGGCGGGAUGAGUCCUUCUCGAAGUGUUUCCUCUUUUCCCGGAGUUUCAGAACCCAUAAAUUCCUCCCUGGAGGUGACGCGGGGCCAGCGCUGCCGGGGCCGGGAGGUGGCCGGGAGGGCCGUGUCGCCCCUGGAGUGGGUGGGAUUCGGGUUCUCGCUGCGGAUCUGCUCCUGAGGGGAUGAAUCCCGAGUGAUGCCGCCCCUCUGAGUCCGUCAGGAGGUCUGGGAUGGCUCCAGGAGGAGCCCAGUUUGGCGUGUGGGGUUUUUACCCUUGUUGUGCCCUUGGCGGGAUGGUUCCUUCCCGAAGUGUUUCCUCUUUUCCCGAAGUUUCAGAACCCAUAAAUUCCUCCCUGGAGGUGACGCGGGGCCAGCGCUGCCGGGGCCGGGAGAGCCGUGUCGGCCCUGGACUGGGUGGGAUUCGGGUUCUCGCUGCGGAUCUGCUCCUGAGGGGGCUGAGGGGAGCCCUCUGAGUCCGUCAGGAGGUCUGGGAUGGCUCCAGGAGGAGCCCGGUUUGGCGUGUGGGGUUUUUACCUUGUUGUGCCCUUGGCGGGAUGAAUCCUCCCCAUUUCCUCCCUUCUCGAAGUGUUUCCUCUUUUCCCGAAGUUUCGGAACCCAGGAAAUUCCUCUGGCGGCCCUGGAGGGCUUGAGCUCAUGCCCAGGGGGCUCAGAGACCUCGGCACAGAGCCCAGGACCCCCCCCGCCGUGCCUUUGAUUGGAAAAAAACAAUUACCAACCUUCUAUGAAGAAUUGCAAGCCACGGAAGUUUAGGUGGAAUGAUAGCGAAUUUAUCGCGGGGUGAAAAAAUUGAUUUUUGGUGUUUUUAGAAUGGGGCAAGAUGGAGGAAUCUGGGCGUGUCCGGCCUUUCUCCUUCUUCUUGGCCUCCAUCUUGUGCUGUGGUGUUGGCGCUUUUAUUUUAGUUUAGAGUAGAAGCUCGCUGUCUGACACAGGUGAUAGGUGUUGGAAAGCAAUUGUAAAUAUUGUACAUUUAAAUAUUGUACUUUUAAAUAUUGUAUAUUUAAAUAUUGUAGGGGUUUUUUUGUAUAAGAAGAUAACACUGACCCACGGCGGGCAGAGUGCCUCUGACUGUCCUGCUGAGACGACCUCGGCUGGACAGGAGAAAAAAAAUUUACAGAUAAAAAACAAUAAACAACCUUGAGAAAUGAGAAA